GUCAAAAGUCCAUUGCCAAGAAAUUUUAGAAAAGUCUAGUGGAUAUUGCACCACCAGCAACAUCCACCAUACUUGCCUCUCCCUCCAUAGAUAGCUUCAGAUGAACAUGAAUAGAUAGAUUAGGAGGUUUAAGGAAGGGUUUAGGAACUUUAGGUCUACCAACUGGUGGUUAACGAUUUAACUCCUUGACCAAACAUCAUCAACAGCAAAGAAUCAAUCAGGUCAAGCAACAGCACCACCAUCACCAACUUCUAAUCAUCAGUAGUAAGAAGAAGAAAAAUGAUACAUACAGACUACAGUUGCUGAGAUAGGCCAAAAACAACUUUUUCUUUUUUUAGUGGUGCUUUCAUUGCAGAUGGAGAAGAGAGAGAACACAUAAGUCUCACGUGGGUUUUUGACGUGAUGGUGGAUGGAGAAUGAUCAUCCGAUGAUUUCUUAUCUUCUCCCAACUUUUACCACUACUUCAAAAAGUUCAUCCAUUUUUUUCCUCUACAUGAAUUGAAUGGAUCUUUGCCAGAAACAGAAAAGAGGGUUUUUGUAGGUGAAACCCAGGAAUUUAUGUCGAUCGAUUGAACACUUCCAGAUCAUGAUGGGAUUAGGCAAAUUGAAUUAGCUCUUUAGAGAGAAUGGCUACUUAUUUUUCUGGUUCAAGUAACCAGAGAGAUGAUUCUUCUUCACCCAUGCUCUACAACUAUACCGAACCUUCUCCUCCUUCAGUUCUUCCUGCCAAUCUCAUGAUGAUGAUGUAUAUGGGUCCCCAAAACCAGGGAGGAUCGACUGAUGCUCAACCACAACCCCACGAUCUUCAAGCUCUCGCUGUUGAUCAUGAUCUCGGUAGUUGGAAAGACGAGAGAAAUGAGAUUCUUUUUAUGCACCCUUUGGGGACUGCUACUAACCUUCUUCAAGAUGUUCAAAACCUACAGGGCCAAGGACUGUCCCUUAGCUUAAGUACCCAAAUGCAGCAACAUCUGCCUUCAAUGGGUAAUUACCCGAAUCCACUCUCGUCAUUCUUAGGCCCUAAUGGAAGCGGCAAACUGCCUGCAAAUAUAGUUGGUGGAGAUCAUAGUUCAGAUUUGAUGAAGAUUUCAGUUCCAAACUCCAAGUACUUGAAAGUAGCUCAACAGUUGCUUGAUGAAGUUGUUAAUGUCAGAAAAGCUCUAAGCAAAAGGAAUUGCGAUAAGGAAACUCCAAACGAUGCCAAACAAGAGGGAACACAGUUGUCUUCUGUGGUUGGAGAUGAAGAACCAACAACUAAAUGCGAGCUUUCUGCUGCUGAGAAACAGGAAUUGCAGAACAAGUUGGCAAAGUUGUUCUCUAUGUUGGAUGAGGUUGAUACAAGGUACAAGCAAUAUUACCAUCAGAUGCAGAUCGUGGCGUCAUCAUUCGACGCUGUAGUGGGACCUGGAGCUGCAAAGCCAUACACAUCACUUGCCCUCCAGACGAUCUCACGCCAUUUUCGUUCUCUUCGUGAUUCAAUAACAGGACAGAUAAAACUAACUAGGAAAAGCCUGGGGGAACUAGAUUCCACAUUGGAUGGUGGUAUUGGUAAAGGAAUUGGGAUAUCUCGUCUUCGUUACGUUGAUCAGCAACUCAGGCAACAAAGAGCACUCCAACAGAUGGGAAUCAUGCAACAGCAUGCUUGGAGGCCACAACGUGGCCUUCCCGAGAGCUCGGUUACGAUUCUUCGUGCUUGGCUAUUCGAACAUUUCCUCCAUCCAUAUCCAAAAGAUUCGGAUAAGAGCUUGCUUGCUAGACAAACAGGCCUAACAAGAAGUCAGGUAUCUAAUUGGUUCAUUAAUGCAAGAGUCCGUCUAUGGAAACCGAUGGUCGAAGAGAUGUACAAAGAAGAGUUUGGCGAGGCUGAAAUGGAUUCCAGCUCUGCAUCUGAGGACAGAGCAGUAGUAGUAAAAGAUACACAACAGCAACAGCAGCAGCAGCAAGGUUCAAACGAGAAUAAGGCAGCAGACAACAUAGAAAUGGAUGACCGUAUUAUACGUUAUUCAUCUCAAGCCGAGGAAGUUAGUUUCCGUUUCGCGACAAUCGGUUCUUCAUCUUCUUCUAAUUCUCCCCAAUACCAAAUUACAGAGAUGGGUAGAAGUAGAUAUGGGAGUGGAAAUGGAGUGGUGUCUUUAUCAUUAGGAUUGCAGCAUUGUGAGGAUGGAAGCCACCUACCAAUUCCCAUGGACACACAUCAUCACCACCACCACGGUUUUGCUGAUUUUUCGAGGGAUCUUCUUCACAAUAACGUUUCUUCCAUGGUGGCUGAAACAGAGUGCAUGGAUUCUCGGACUCGACAACAGAGGUUUGGGGUUCCCUUUGUUACAUGAUGAUUUUGCGUAUAGAAACUAAUUCAGAUUUCCUCUUCCUUUUCAUUUGAUAACACAAUUUAUGUGAAAAUAUAUUUGAAUUUCUAAGCUUAGCAUAUAUAUAUAUAUAGGUGUUGGUUGAUCUUUGGAAUAAAGUGUUAUGACUGAAAUGAAACGAUUCUUUGGACCUUCUUCUUCUUCCUAUUCUGUAACUGUGUGAAUAUGUUAUGUUUAUAAUUAUACAUAUAUAUGAGAAUUUACAUCUCUCCA